AUGACAGCUGUCUCUGGUGAUUUCUCUUACGAGAACAUACUAGCUCGUACAUCGCGCUAUAAUCAUCAACUGCAACUUGACAAAAGGAGCCGGCUUCCCUUUCUGGACAAUGCCACAGGAAUCGCACAGCGGCCCUGUCUGCUUCAUCGCAAAGAGGGCGAUAGACGCCUCGACUUUAUGAAUCACAAGGUUUUUAAUUACUACCCGUAUAAAUGGAAAAAAACCAAGAAAACCUGCCUGACGCACAACUCCGUUGUUCGGUCGUCUGAGACGAGUGGAACUGUCUUCAGGCCAGAAUUGUUACCAUCUGGUUUCGGAUCUCACGAUCUCAUGUGGAGGGAUUUAGAUGACGAAGAUAGCCACAGCACAUGGGCAACGGGACCAAUCGGCGACAUGGAUUCCGAGGGCAGUGAAUUUGCAGAUGAGACCUACGGCGGCCGACGCAAGAAGCGCAAAACUCGGGCUUCUCGUCCUUCUCGAUCCGCGGCUGCACCUGGUGGCAGUGCCACAGGCAACCGCCGCAAAGGCGCGAAUGCAAACAGUUCUUAUAUGAACUACAGCAACGGAGGUCUCCCUUUGGAUGAGGAUUCCAAUGACAAAAGUGCCCACAUUCCGCUUUUCAUUUGUGAAAUUUGUGGCUCUCGGUAUAAAUCAAGGACUGGACUCAACUAUCAUAUGAACGCCCAGCACUCUUCCUCAUUACCGGUAUAUGAUCAAAAUGUGAAAGUAUUUUCAUCACACAAAGUUUCCCCUCGCCUCCCUAUUCAAAAUUUAAAAAUCUUGAUUAACCUUGUUGACAAAAAAUAA